GUCAAAGUGCGCGUCAUCAAGCUCACAAAGGACAGACUGGAGCUUUCCAUUCGGCAAGCUGGUCGAAAAAAAGCCUCAAGUUUCCUCGUCGGGCAAGACGUCAACGGGACCGUCAUUCGCGUUCAAGAAGAUGGCGUGUGGGUGGACAUAG